AUGCCCCUAACAGCAAGACAAAGAAGUAUACAUAAUAAAAAUGGGACUAAGAGAUCGACGAGUUUCAGUAAAGGAAAGAAAACACGUAAAACAAGUGAGAGUGAAUUUCUUAUGACAAAUGCUCCAUCAGACCUACGUAGUAUUGCAUACCCUGGGGGCGCAGUGGCACUAAUUCUCUUAUUAGUGGCCAGGAUUAUAUCUGCCUACUGGGGCCAUAUAUCAGAUUGUGAUGAAACAUAUAAUUAUUGGGAGCCCUUACAUUAUUUAGUGUAUGGCAGUGGUUUACAAACAUGGGAGUACAGCCCAGUUUACGCUAUACGGUCCUACAUGCCGCUGUGGUUGUUUGCAGUGCCUGCAAAGAUACUUUCCUUUGUGACAACUCCAGUUACAGUAUUUUACAGUAUUAGAGCAUUGCUUGCAAUACUGGCUGCUUGUGCUGAUCUGAUGUUUUAUAAAGCAGUGUGUCACGAAUUUGGAGUUCACGUGGGGCGAGUGUGGCUUUGCCUCACAUUGCCCUCGGCCGGGAUGUUUGCGAGUAGUGCGGCAAUGCUUCCAUCCGCAUGGAGUUCCAGCCUGGUCACUGCCGCCUUAGCCUGCUGGUGGCGGCGUCGGUAUCCCUUCGCUGUCUUACUAACGGCAGCCACUACUCUACUAAGUUGGCCAUUCACAGCGAUUCUUGGACUGCCUAUAGCAAUCGAUAUGCUCAUAUUUAAAAGACAUUUCGUGGAAUUCUUCAAAUGGUCGGCGGUAGCUCUCGUCUUGAUCCUGGCGCCCACAGUGUUAGUUGACUCAUGGCACUACGGGCGUCUCGUCAUCGCUCCGUGGAACAUUCUCGCCUACAAUAUAUUUACGGAGCAUGGGCCGGAUUUGUAUGGCGUGGAGCCGUGGACUUAUUAUUUUGUGAAUGGAGUCUUGAAUUUUAAUAUUGUAUGGGUGUUGUCGCUGUCAUGUCCGCUGCUAUUGUUGGCGUGCACGGCGAUAGCUCCGCGGUCAACGUCGCGGGCGUCCUUCUGUGUGCCGUAUUGGCUCGCACUUAUGCCCUUGGCUCUAUGGCAGGCCGUAUUUAUGCUACAGCCACAUAAGGAGGAAAGGUUUUUGUACCCAGUGUACAGUAUGAUACUGUUGACGGGGGCUAUAUCUGUCGAUUGUCUUCAGAAGAUGACUUUUGCGGUCGGAACGGAACUCUUUAGGUGGCGAAUAGAAAGACAGAGACGGCACUAUUUGGCGUACACUGGCCCCCUUAUGGUUAUGUGCGUGAUAUUGGCAGGAAUAGGAGGCAUAUCGCGAAUCACAGCACUCUAUAACAAUUACCACGGUCCGAUGACAAUUCUCCGUCAGAUCCCAACCAACGAUAACGGAAUCAAGAAUGUGUGUUUCGGUAAAGAAUGGUACAGAUCACCAUCCAGCUUCCAUAUAAGUGAAGGUUACAGGAUACGGUUCAUUCAGAGCGAAUUCGAUGGCCAGUUGCCGGCGCCUUAUGAAGAAACUAGUAACGCUACCCGCAUAAUUCACCCGUAUUUCAAUGGCCAAAAUAAAGGCGAUAAUCGAACCUACUUAUCACCGUCCCAAUGCCACUAUCUCGUCGACUCGGACAUCGGGUCACCAACGACCCUUCAGCCGGCUUACCACAAGGACAUCGACCAAUGGGAAAUAGUUACAUCCGUUCCUAUAUUAGACUCCAAUAAGUCUCACAGGCUAUUCCGCGCUUUCUAUAUACCUACCUUGUCCAACAAAAACGUCGUUUACGCAAACUUAUAUCUAUUGAGGAACAAACUGUUAGGUCAUUAA